AUGACGACAAGUCCAUUCAAUACGUGUGAAAGUUAUGCAGAGAGUUUAGUACCGAUCAAUAAGAAGACCACGAUGAAGAACGGAGGGGCCGACUGUCAGUCACGGAAGCGGUACUUAGCAUCCGGAAAUACAUUCACGGACCUCCAUUAUAGUUUCAGAAUUGGAAUAAAAACAAUUAGUAGGAUUGUGCGGGAAGUCUGCUCGAAUAUAUGGCUGUUAUUACAUAAAGAAUAUAUGGCAAUUCCAGACGUCAGUACAUGGCAGAAUAUAGCAUAUGCAUUCGAGAAAACGGCAAAUUUUCCGAACUGUAUAGGGGCCGUUGACAGCAAACACAUUAGACUUAUCAAACCAGAAGACAGUGGGUCGAUGUAUUUUAACUACAAGGGAUAUUGUUCAAUAGUCCUGAUGGUAAGCUGA